UCAUUGACCACAAGGUUAAGGAUAGAAAUACAUAUGAUGGUAUUAGACGAAUGCAAAAAAGAGGUAAGGAACAAAAAAGAAUUUUUUAAAACAUUCAUAGGAUAAUUUAAAUUACAAGAUAAUUCAAAUGAAAAAGAACUAUUAGAAAUAGAAGAAGAAAUAAUGAAAAACAUUACAUUAAAAAAAAAAAAAGAGGAAUUGGAGAAAUUUAAAAAAGAAAAAUGUUUUAUUGAAUUGAUGCAAGAAUGGAUGAAUAAUGAAAGGAAAUAUAUGGAAGAAGUGAAUAAAGAAAACUUAUUAAGAGUUGAUGAAGAAAGAAUUGAAAACCCCAUGUUACAAAAGCAAAAGAUUAUAUGGAAGAAACAUUGAGAAGAGGUAUGUAAGAAGUUAGAGAAUGAAAAUAAAAAUGAAUCUUUUAUAAUUUGCAUGGGUGGUUAAUAAAAGGUAUUAUUAACCUUUUGUAGCAUGCUAAGCUAGUUGCUAGUUGUAUACGUACAAGUUAGCCACGCACUGACGCUAGUCUUAUAAAAAAAAAAAAAAAAAAUAAAUUUAUUUUUUUUUUGGGAGUUUUUGAAAGUUAUGUUAUGUUAUGUUAUAAUAUGUUUUAAUUUUUAGUGUAAAUAAAAAUUAAAAGAAAGAAAUGUUAACUUAUUAAAAAAACUUAAGAGAUAAGAGAAAUGUUUAUGUAUUAUUCAAUGUAUAUCUUGAAAUAACAUUGAAUAUCAUAAAAUUUUGACUUAAUAAAUUGUUAUAAAUUGUUAGUAUGUUUUUAAUUAAAAGAAGACAUUAAUUCUUUGUAAAUAAAAACUCAUUUAUAGCGGUUAAUAGGUUUAUUAAAAGAUGCAGUAAAAUUUAACUUCAAUUAAAUAUUAAGCAUCAUAAGAAAACAGUAUAUAUAUAUAUAUAAUAAAAACUAAUAUAUAUACAUAAACGUAUACUUAGUUAUACAUGCUCUUUAUUAAUUUGUUUGCUUAAUACUCUAGCAAAUUCAUUAAACGGGCAAUUAAUAAAUCAAUGGGUGAAUACAAUAAAGAAUUCAUUGGAAAAGAAGUAGAUGAAAUUAACGUAGUAGAACAAAAUAUAAAAGCCAAUCAAAUUGAAAAGGAAAGAGAAAAACUAAAAUAUUUACAAGAAGAGAAAAAAAAAGAAAUAAAUAGAAAAUAUGAAAAAGAAAGGAAAAAAAAAGAAAAAAAGAUAAAAUAUAUGGAAGAGCAUAUAGAAGAAGUAAAGAAAAAGAGUACUUGUAUGACAUUGAGAAAAAAAUCGAAUUGUAAAACUAUGAUAGAAAUACAUAUGCUAAUAAUAGAGGAUUGUAAGUAAGAGGAAUGGGAAUCAAAAAGAAAAGAAUUUUUAGAAAUUUGCUUGAAUGAAUGAUUAAAAGAUAAAGGAACAAUUGAAGGUGCAGUAGACAAAAAAUUCAUAAUAAAAGAAGAAAGCAGUAACAUUGCAUUGGAAAAACAAAAGAUGUUAUCGGAGAAAUGGAUAGAAAGACAAAGAAAAAUGUUGAAACUAUGGAAAAAGGAAGAAUGGUUUAAUAAUUUGAAAGAAUGGAAAAAGGAAGAAAAAAUAUAUAAAGAAACAAUGCACAAAGUAGAAGUCAUGGAUAGAGCAAAUGAGAUGGAAAGAGAAAAAGAAUUAUGGAAACAAUGGAUUUAGAAACAAAAAGAAGUAUUUAUGAGAUAUGAUAAGGAAAUGUGGUUUAAUAAGUUGCUAGAGGAAUGUGAGAAGGAAAAAGACCAAUGAAUAAUAAAAGAAAACGAAGAGAACAUAGAAGAAAAAAAAAAUUCAGAUAAGAAGAAAAGAGUAGUAAUAAUAAAGGAAGAAGUAGACAAGAAAACAAAGAAGAAAAUUUUAAUAUCUCAUAUAUGCAUAGAGAUACAUAUGGCAGUAUUAGAUCAGUGUAAGAAAGAAGAAUUAAAGUCUAUGAGAAGUUAUUUUCUUAGAUCAUAUAUAGAACAAAAUAAAGAAAAUGAAAGAUUAUAUGAAAAAGAAACGGGAAAUAAAGAGGCGGAUGAAAUAGAAAAAGCGAGACAAAUGAAUUUUAUUAUAGAAAAGAAGAUAAAACAAUGGGAAUGUUGGAAAAAAGAGGAUUGGCAUCAAGAAUUGAAGUUGGAUUGGAAAGAGGAAAUGAAGCACAUAAUAAAAACAACGGAUGAAAUAGAAGAAGAAAUAAUAAAUCCUAUUAUAAAAACGCAAAUGGUUCAGAAAAAAUGGUAAGAAAAACAAAGAAAUAUUUUAAAGAAACGGAGUAAAUAUAAUAAACUAGAAAAGCCAAUGAAAAAGGGAAAAGAUGAAGAAGAAAUAGAGAUGA